AUGUUUUUAGAUGAUGUUUCAAGUGUAAUAAGAAGGGCAUGGAUAUCUUUCUGCCUUCCUCAGAUAAGAAAAGCUUUAGAAGAAGAAGAAGCAAUUAAAGCUGCUGCUGCUGAUGAAAGAGAAGGAGAAAGACUUGCAUCAGAGUUAAAGGCACGAACUUUUAUACGGCUUAAACAAACAAUUAAAACACUUGUAGGUCAGGUUAUAGAGCAGUAUAAGCCUCUGCAUGGAAAGACAUUCUUCAAGUACUUUACAUCUCAUGUCUUUGCUGCUGUUGAGUUCUCGUUAACUUACUGCUUAAGGCUGCUUCCUAGACCUGCAACUGCUAUAGGUGAGCUUGCCUUCCUUGCUCAAGAAGAUGCACGCUUUGAAGCUCAAAACUUCACAGAUAUGGAGCCUCAGAUACUUACACCAGACGGAACUCUUAUUUCUGCAGCUCCUCUUGCUCUCCUGCAGCAGCAGCAGCAGCAGCAACAACAACAGCAACAGCAGCAGCAGCAGCAGCAGGGGUUUCCGCAACACCACGAACAUCUGCAACGCAUCUUACAGAACACACAGGAGCAGCCAUAA